AUGAAAGUUUUUUUCGUCAUAACGUUAACACUUAUUACAUUUUCAGUGGCACGAUGUGGGAAUAGUGUGGGAAAUAAGAUGAGCACAGAUUUUAUAAAAACAACUCCCAUGAGUACGACCAUAGAUGAGGAAAAUACUAGAAGUAAUUUCGACAUAAUGUCAACAAUGGUAGAUUGUAAUGAUACGUUUCGGGUUGAAAUGUCCUAUUUAGAAAAUUUAAAUAAGAGCGGAAGCUUUCCAGACGAAACUGAUAAAACUCCUAAGUGUUUUGUUCGGUGCGUUUUGGAGAAAAGUUAUAUAAUGAUAGAUGAUAAUCAAUUUAAUGUGACACGCACUGCUGAAGUGUUCUCUCAAAUAAGAGAUAUACCACAAGACGAAAUUAUCAAAAUGGCAAACGCUUGUUCAGAGAGGCCUGAAAAAUGUAAAUGCGAAAAAUCUUAUCAAUAUCUCAAAUGUUUGUUGGAAGCUGCUAUAGAAAUGUAUGAGAAAAGU